AUGCGCCUUGCUUCCCUACGACUUCGUCAGUCAGCCAGAAUUGCGUCUUAUCGACGUCCCAGUGCAUCUCCGGCCGCAUCAUCCACCACCAAUUUAUACGCAACUUAUCCUUUCGUAUGCCAGGCCAGUAUCAAUGCCGCGCCAACGCAUUACGUAAAAUCGGACACUACGGGUAUAGUUGCAGGUGUUGCUGUAGUUGGCGCGUUGAUUGGUGUGGGUAAGAUGAUUUGGAGUGCUUCGUCAUCGUCAUCUAGCGAAACAAAGUUGCCUGCGAUUCAGGAUAUAUCCCAGGCAGAAAUUGCUCUAUUCUUCACGGAGCUUUUGACUGGGGUUGACGAUCUUUUCAAAGAACUACCAAAGAUUGAAAGCGCCUUACGUAAUUAUCUAAAAGACAACAACCAUGAGGUUAGCGACGCUGAGUUCCAGCAAGCGAUACUGUCGCAGCUUUAUCAAAUGAUGGAAGGUCUCGAGCAACAGGUUGUUGAAAAGCGCAAGUGGAGCCACAAAAGUCUUGAAAUUGCGCUAGAUAAGUAUGCACAAGAUGCUGAAAUUCUUAAGCUACAGGAAGACCUCAAUGCUCUCAUGCGAACUGUGUUUCCAUCACCUGUAGAGGUCCCUGAUGAUCUGACUGCCGACAAGACGCUGGCUAUUUUAAAAGAAAUGGUGGCUGGCAUGGAGAAGGCAAUGGCUGACAUGCUUGCUCACGCUCGUGCCGAAGGUAUCACCGAUGUGGAAAAGGCUAUGGAGGAAUUUCAAAGUUUAUACUUAGAGCACGUUGAGUCGAUGACACAGGCUCAAAUGAAGGCUCAUGGAAUUUCGCAACAGGUUUUUGCGACGGCCUUGCAAAAGUAUCACACUGAAGAUGAGCAAUUUCGGAAGCAGGUGGAGCAAAUUUACACUCAGCAGGCAGAAGCCUUUAGGAAAAUGGGUGUACCUGUUGAUACCCAGUAG